CAAUUGCACUUUUGUGUAAGAAAACCCACACAAACACAAAAAACACUUUCCUUUCAUUUUGUUAUUUUUGUAACACAAAUGUCUAGUCUAAAGCAAAAGAAACAGCAACAGGAAUUACAGUCGCUGCCUGUAAAUAGUAACAUGUGGCAACAUCAUCAGUAUUAUUAUUUUUACAAACGGCAGCAACAACAGCAACAACAUCAACGACAACAUCAGAAACAACAACGCCAACAUCAUCGACAUUUCUAUCACCAGCAACAUCAAAACUAUUGUUUGGCCAAAAUUCCCAAAAUGCAGCAACAAUUACAAAUGCCCGCCUAUCAAAUGUUACGCUUUCUUUUGCUGCUCGUCUGCUAUUGUUGCCACUCACAGGCCUCCAUGGAGUACAGUGCCAAAUUAAGUAAUUGCUAUGAUAAUCAAUAUGGUUUCAAUGGUCAUCACAUAUACAAUGCCACAACAGCAGCAGUAACAGCUGCAAAUAAUACUGCUACUACUAGCAGCAGCAAUGUAACCACAAUAAUAGCACCAUCCAAUAAUAGUGGUCAAUUUGCACAGUCAUUAGCAAAUACAGGGGCUGGUGUUAUGAAAAACAAUGAAGCCGAUGAGAUCAUUUCUAGAGGUGCUUUUCAGCAUUCAUCAUCGGUAAGAGGUUGGAAGUGCUGCUGUUGGAAUGCAACGAGUUUGGAUGAAAUCGAAUGCCGUUGCGAGGGUGAAGCUUUAACUAGAGUGCCACAAACUCUAACCAUACCCCUACAACGAUUAACUAUUGCUUCGGCGGGUUUGCCGCGUUUACGCAAUACUGGUCUAAAGGUCUAUAAUGCUUCACUGCUGGACAUAGUACUGACUGACCUCAAAUACCUUGAGACCAUACAAGAUGGUGCAUUUGCCAGUUUAAAAUUAUUGCGUACCAUCUACAUCUCGCAUGCUCCCAAAUUGACUUACUUAUCUAAGGAUGUAUUUGAGGGCAUCUCUGAUACCAUUAAAAUCAUACGCAUCAUAAACAGUGGUUUAACUAAAAUACCAGAUUUAAUACAUUUACCAACCACACACAUAUUGCAAAUGAUAGAUCUCGAUAACAAUCAUAUAACUCACAUUGAAUCGAAAUCGAUUAACAUAAAGACUGAUCAAUUAAUUUUAGCAAAUAAUGAUAUAAGUUACAUAGAUGAUUCUGCUUUUCAAGGUUCACUAAUAGCUAAAUUAAUUUUAAAGGAAAAUCCUAAUUUACAACAAGUGCAUCCCAAGGCAUUUCAUGGCAUGAGUAUGCAAGAAUUAGAUCUCUCUAGUACCUCUUUGGUACGUUUACCCUCGGCGGGUUUGCUGGAUAUUGAAGUAUUGCGUAUUGAAAAUACGCAUACAUUGAAAACAAUACCGUCCAUUUAUAAUUUUAAGAAUUUACAAAAGGCCUAUUUGACACAUUCCUUUCAUUGUUGUGCUUUCAAGUUUCCCUCGCGACAUGAUCCCCGUCGUCAUGCGGAACGCUUAAAGGAAAUAGAAAAAUGGCAACAACAGUGUAAUAAUAAAAAUGACAACAACAAUAACAAUGUUAAUGAAAACUCAAAUAUGAAAUCGAAACAAUCGAAUAAGAGGCUUAAAAAUCCAAAAUUUAAUACUGAACAUGAAGGUGGAGAUGUUGACACUAAGAGUGGAGAGGCGCCGGAAGAUACUGGUGUUUGGUCAACCCCAACAACUGAUGGUGGUGACAAAAGUGUUGAGCAAAACACUGAUGGUGUUGCUUAUGGCAACAGAGGUUUUGGUUCUUUUGCUGGCACUGGCUUUGGUUUGAUUUAUGAACCAUCGUCGCAACAGCAACUAAGCUCUGCCACCCAUUCAAUGACAGCAGCAGCUGAUGAUGGUGUGGCUGGGAACAGAGAAAAAUUGAAUUUGUUGUCAAAUGCCAAUAGCAUAUUGUAUAGCCGUUUAAUGCGAUCUGACUUUUCCAUUAGCCAAGAGGAAUUACAAAACGAAAGCAAUGUUUGGGCACAUGUGUCCAAACCUGAUGUAGAAUAUUUUGUGGAGGAAGAUUAUAUGUCAGAUUCCAUGAAGGAACUUUUUGGUAAAUUUCAUGAACCCAUCGAACCGGAUGAAAGUCAAUUGGAUGAAUAUUGUGGAAAUUUUACAUUCAGAAAACAUGAUGUCGAAUGUUAUCCCAUCCCAAAUGCCUUGAAUCCCUGCGAAGAUGUAAUGGGUUAUCAAUGGUUACGUACAUCUGUAUGGAUUGUAGUCGGUUUGGCUGUCAUUGGAAAUGUGGCUGUUCUUGUUGUGAUUCUAUCGAUAAAAGCCGAAACACCAUCAGUACCACGUUUCCUGAUGUGCCACUUGGCAUUUGCUGACCUGUGUUUGGGUUUAUAUCUGCUAUUAAUAGCAUCGAUUGAUGCACAUUCCAUGGGUGAAUACUUCAAUUAUGCUUACGAUUGGCAAUAUGGUGCUGGCUGUAAAGUGGCUGGUUUCCUGACGGUCUUUGCCAGCCAUUUAUCAGUUUUUACACUGACGGUUAUAACGAUAGAACGUUGGCUGGCCAUAACACAUGCCAUGUACUUGAAUCAUCGCAUUAAAAUCAGACCCGCUGCUUACAUCAUGAUUGGCGGUUGGAUUUACUCGGUUGUUAUGUCCUUAUUGCCAUUAUUUGGUAUUAGUAAUUAUUCAUCGACCAGUAUUUGUUUGCCCAUGGAAAAUAGAGAUCCCUUUGAUACCGUUUACUUGGUGGCCAUAAUGGGUCUAAAUGGUUCAGCAUUUUUUAUUAUAGCCAUUUGUUAUGGCCAAAUCUAUUUGUCGCUGGGCGAGGAGACCCGUCAUGCUCAUAGCAACUCCAGGGGUGAAAUGAGUGUGGCCAAGAAGAUGGCUUUGCUAGUUUUUACAAAUUUUGCCUGUUGGGCUCCCAUUGCCUUCUUUGCCCUAACUGCUUUGGCGGGCUAUCCUUUGAUUAAUGUUACUAAAUCAAAGAUAUUAUUAGUGUUUUUCUAUCCUUUGAAUUCUUGCGCUGAUCCUUAUUUAUAUGCCAUACUGACGUCUCAAUAUCGCCAGGAUUUGUACACCUUGUUGGCCAAAUUCGGUCUCUGCAAACAAAAAGCUUUAAAAUACAAAAACAGCAUCUCAUUUCCGGGCACCACAAAUUUUACCUGCUCCGUACAACGUGGCUCUCUCAUACCAAAAACCCAACAAAGUAUUACCCCACCUGAAUCUCAAAUGAUGUUAAAGAAUAAAGAAGACUUUGUAUGAAAGUGGCAAAAAAUUAGGCAAGCAAACGAGUGUGAUACUGAGGCAAAAAUUGAGAUUGAAAUCAAAUAAAAAUCAGGUCUUUAAACAGAAAACUGCAAAACGAAAGACAAUUUAAGAACAGUAACGAAGUAAUGUGAUGUCCAAAGUAGCUGAAUGAUUUAAAUAAAAUAUAAUUUUAACAUAGAUUUAAGGAAAUUUAUAAAUAAGAUAUUAACUGAUAAGAAAAAUAUUUAAAUAAGUGUAAAUAUGGAUGUGUGUGUAUGUGUAUGUAUGUGAAAAAUAUUUAUAAAAUUCUAGAUAAAAUUAUUUAAAAAAUUA